AAUACUUAGGGAAAUCUUGGGACACUGUGGGAGCCCAGAGAAUCUGAUCCCGGGUCCCACAACUUCACAUAUCGCGAGUAAGUGGGAGGCAAAAAAAAUUCUUUUUCUCCUCUUUUGGGACAGUUUGUGACUAGUAGUGCCUGUGCCCCUGGAAAGGUUGGAGACUUGGGGGACGACUGGAGAAUUGCCAUUUGAGGACCAAAGGAGAAAAGAAACUACACGCUAAUUCUAGAAGGCUUCCUGUCCCUGCCUGCCCUGGGUGCUCAUGGAACCAGCUACUGCCCUGCACUUGUCCCGGCCAGCCUCCCUCCUCCUCCUCCUCCUCCUCAGCCUGUGUGCACUGGUCUCAGCCCAGGUCACUGUCGUGGGGCCCACUGAUCCCAUCCUGGCCAUGGUGGGAGAAAACACUACGUUACGAUGCUGUCUGUCACCCGAGGAAAAUGCUGAGGACAUGGAGGUGCGGUGGUUCCAGUCUCAGUUCUCCCCUGCAGUGUUUGUGUAUAAGGGUGGAAGAGAGAGAAAAGAGGAGCAGAAGGAGGAGUACCGAGGGAGAACCACCUUUGUGAGCAAAGACAGCAGGGGCAGCGUGGCCCUGAUCAUACACAAUGUCACAGCCGAGGAUAACGGCAUCUACCAGUGUUACUUCCAAGAAGGCAGGUCCUGCAAUGAGGCCAUCCUGCACCUUGUGGUGGCAGGACUGGACUCUGAGCCCGUCAUUGAAAUGAGAGACCACGAGGACGGGGGCAUCCAGCUGGAGUGCAUAUCUGGAGGGUGGUACCCAAAGCCCCUCACAGUGUGGAGGGACCCCUACGGUGAGGUCGUGCCUGCCCUGAAGGAGGUCUCCACCCCUGACGCAGACAGCCUCUUCAUGGUCACCACAGCUGUGAUCAUCAGAGACAAGUCUGUGAGGAACGUGUCCUGCUCUAUCAAUGACACCCUGCUCGGCCAGAAGAAAGAAAGUGUCAUUUUUAUUCCAGAAUCCUUUAUGCCCAGCAGGUCUCCAUGUGUGGUGAUCCUGCCUGUUAUCAUGAUUAUUCUGAUGAUACCCAUUGCCAUAUGCAUCUACUGGAUCAACAAUCUCCAAAAGGAAAAAAAGAUUCUGUCAGGGCAAAAGGAGCUUGAACAGGAAAGGAAAGAAACUGCGCUAAAGGAACUGGAGAAAGAACAUGUGGAAAAAGAGAAAGAACUUCAAAUAAAAGGUAAAAGAGGCCAGGAGGACAGAUGGAGAAGAACAUUCUUACAUGCUGCCAAUGUUGUCCUGGACCAAGACACUGGUCAUCCCUAUCUCUUCGUGUCAGAGGACAAAAGAAGUGUGACAUUGGAACCCUCCAGGGAGAGCAUUCCGGGCAACCCAGAGAGAUUCGACAGUCAGCUUUGUGUCCUGGGCCAGGAGAGCUUCGCCUCAGGGAAACAUUACUUGGAGGUAGAUGUGAAAAAUGUGAUUGAGUGGACUGUGGGGAUCUGUAGAGACAAUGUUGAGAGGAAAUGGGAGGUCCCACUACUUCCUCAGAAUGGCUUCUGGACCUUGGAGAUGCAUAAAAGGAAAUACUGGGCCCUGACCUCCCCUAAGUGGAUUCUCUCUCUGGAGGAGCCCCUUUGCCAGGUGGGCGUCUUCCUGGACUAUGAAGCUAGAGACGUCUCCUUCUACAACAUGAGGGACAGAUCACACAUCUACACAUUUCCCCAUUCAGCCUUUUCUGUGCCUGUGAGGCCCUUCUUCAGCUUAGGGUCUUAUGACAGCCAAAUCUUAAUCUGCUCUGCAUUCACAGGAGCCAGUGGGGUCACGGUGCCUGAAGAGGGCUGGACACUUCACAGAGCAGGGACCCACCGCAGCCCACAGAAUCAGUUCCCCAGUCUCACAGCCAUGGAAACAAGCCCUGGCCAUCUCAGCAGCCACUGCACAAUGCCUCUGGUGGAAGACACGCCCUCCUCUCCUCUGGUCACACAAGAGAACAUCUUCCAGCUGCCUCUUUCACACCCACUCCAGACCUCAGCCCCUGUUCACCUCCUCAUUAGGUGUGGCUUUAGUAGUUCCUUUGGUUGUAACUAUGGGAUGGAAUCCAGGCAUAGGGAACUAGUUGUUCCACAGCUCCCAGCCAGGAAGAAAGUGUGAGAAGCUGAUUGGUAGUGAACCUGCUGUUUAACAUCAUAGUGACUACAUUGAGCCCAGUAUGCCAGUUGGCACCAGAUGCUGUGGACUUGGAAUGAGGCCAAGAGGAGUCACCAGGAUGUGAGAGGAGAGAGGAAUCCACAGGACCACCAGAGGGUGAGUGAACCAGAUAUGCAGGUCAGAGAUAGACGAAGUGGAACCAGAGAGCUGGGAGGGACCAAGGUUGUAAGGGUGCUUAAGCCCCACCAUAACAGCUAAGGAGUCCCAGGAGAUGAUGGCUCAUUUCCACCCAACCCCAGGAUUUCCACAGCACACACCCACAGGCCUGGACCUGGGACGAAGAUGAAUGAAGAAUAUGGACAUGUGGAUGUGGUUUGGCUCACGUGUCCCUGCAAUAAACAAGGAGUCAGUACUCAGUCCUUGGGUGUGGUUGAGGUUUGAGGUCCUGAUUGAGCAAGGCAGUACUGGACAAGGUCUACAUCAGCAUUCAAGUUCAAUGGGGGCACUAGUGGCUUCAGACUUCCUGGCCUAAUUAUGUCUUUAGACACUUAAUAACUACUGAGGGCCUUGAGGAGCUCUUGUUUAUUUGGGUUGAUAUUUGUUAAUAUUUAUGGCAUUUGACAUUAAAACAGAAAAUGUUAAAAUGUUAUUUACUAAUUCAUGUUAAAAUAUAAUGAAUGAACCAAAUAUAGGUUAAUAUAAAUAGAAUGCUUUCUGAAAAAUCAACUGUUGUGUCCAAACAAAAAAACAAGAAGUGUGACACUGGUUAACUUGUUUCAAAUCUGAUGUCUGGCUUAAUGGAAGAUGUUUGUAUUCUCAUAUCUGCUUUUGUAUUAAAUCUGUUGGUAUAUCAUACCCUACCAAGAGAAUGAGAUCAAAAACAACAAAUGUUAUGUUAUGAUGAUGAUGAUGAUGAAAAUAGUAUUAAGAUUGGGGACUCCUUAGGAGUAUAUCAGAGUUCUCCCUAGACAUCCCCAGACCAUGUUUGGAAUAGUGGAUCCUGGAAGUGAAUCCAUGAGCUGCUUAAUUUUAGAUGUCAACUUGACUGGAUUACGGAAUACCUAGACAACUGGUAUAUUAUUUCUGGAUGUAUUUGUGAGUGUGUUUCCAGAAGAGAUUGACAUGUGAGUCAGUGGGAAAUUCUCCCCUCCUAUUGGCUGGGGGCCCAAUACAACAAAAAGGCAGAGGAAAGGCAAAUUCUUCUCUCCCCUGAGACAUUCUUCUGCUGCUGCUCUUGGACAUCAGAACUGCUGGCUCUCGGGCCUUUGAACUUUGGGACUUGUACCAGGAAGCCCUGGGUUCUCAGGCCUUUCACUUUGGACUGAGAUUUACACAAUCGGCUUCCCUAGUUCUGAGGCUUUCAGACUUAAACUGAGCCAUACUACCAGCAUCCCAGGGUCUCCAGCCUACAGACGAGCUGUCAUGGGAUUUCUCAGCUUGCAUAAUCACAUGAGCCAAUUUCCCUAAUAAACACCCACUCAUCAUAUA